CGAUUAGUGUGGGGGAAAUGCAUGUCGUUGCGGCCUCCCUCCCAUCCCAUCUACGUUGUUACAUGUCGCGUGCUGCGCACGCGGAGGCGGAAGUUCAGCGGCGAGGCCAAAUCGACAGCGUCUCGAGCCGCGUGUUCGAUCUGGAGCGCAAGCUCGCAGUGGCGGAGGAGGAGCGCCGGGAUGCCAUCGACAAGGCCAACGCCACGUUCUUGAAGCAGCACAACGAGGCCGCGCAGGACCGCCAGAACUUCGCUGCGGCGAUCCUGCAGGUCAACAGGAAUUUCGAGCAGGUCUCCUCCGAGAUGACGCGGCACGAGUCCCUGGCGAGAGACAUGCAGAAGGACAUGGCGGAGGCCUCCAGCGAGCUUCAGCGGCACGACCGGCUGUUUGCGGCGCUCCAGCAGGGCUUCCUCGUGGCCGAGCAGACGCUGCAGGCGCGGUCGGGUGGAGUGCCGACGCAGCGGACCGCAGUUCAGAGGAGGA